AUGGCCUCCUCGGCCUGGGCCGUCUGCUGCCUCCUGGGGAGUCUCCUGUUCCUCAGGGGCAGCCCCAGCCCCAGCGCCAGCAUGCCCCGCCUGCGGCUCUCCUACCGAGAACUCCUGUCUGCCAACCGCUCCGCCAUCUUCCUGGGUCCUCGGGGCUCCCUGGACCUCCGGGCCAUGUACCUGGAUGAGUACCGAGACCGCCUCUUUCUGGGGGGCCGCGAUGCCAUCUACUCCCUGCAGCUGGACCAGCCUUGGGCAGACCCCCGGGAGGUGCUGUGGCCGCCGCAGCCAGGACAGAGGGAGGAGUGUGUUCGAAAGGGACGAGACCCUGUGGUGGAGUGUGCCAACUUCGUGCGGGUGCUGCAGCCCCACAACAGGACCCACCUGCUGGCGUGCGGCACCGGGGCCUUCCACCCCUCCUGCGCCCUCAUCGCCGUGGGGCACCGCGGGGAGCAUGUGCUCCACCUGGAGGCCCACAGCGUGGAGAGCGGGCGGGGGCGGUGCCCGCACGAGCCCAGCCGUCCCUUCGCCAGCACCUUUGUAGGUGGGGAGCUGUACACGGGCCUCACUGCCGACUUCCUGGGGCGCGAGGCCAUGAUCUUCCGGAGUGGGGGCGCCCGGCCGGCCUUGCGUUCGGACUCUGACCAGAACCUCCUGCACGACCCCCGGUUUGUGAUGGCGGCCCGGAUCGCGGACAACUCCGACCGGAACGACGACAAGGUGUACUUCUUCUUCUCGGAGACCGUGCCUUCGCCCGAGGGCGGCCCCGGCCACGUCACCGUCAGCCGCGUGGGCCGCGUCUGCGUGAACGACGCCGGCGGCCAGCGGGUGCUGGUGAACAAGUGGAGCACCUUCCUCAAGGCCAGGCUGGUCUGCUCGGUGCCCGGGCCCGGCGGUGCUGAGACCCACUUUGACCAGCUGGAGGAUGUGUUCUUGCUAUGGUCCAAGGCGGGGAAGAGCCUGGAGGUGUACGCACUCUUCAGCACGGUCAGCGCUGUGUUCCAGGGCUUUGCCGUCUGCCUGUACCACAUGGAGGACAUCUGGGAGGUCUUCAAGGGGCCCUUUGCCCACCAAGAUGGUCCCCAGCACCAGUGGGGGCCUUAUGGGGGCAAGGUGCCCUUCCCCCGCCCUGGCAUGUGCCCCAGCAAGAUGACGGCGCAGCCUGGGCGACCCUUUGGCAGCACCAAGGACUACCCGGACGAGGUGCUGCAGUUUGCCCGGGCCCACCCACUCAUGUUCCGGCCCGUGCGGCCUCGGCGGGGCCGCCCCGUCCUCGUCAAAACCCACCUGGCCCAGCAGCUGCGCCAGAUCGCGGUGGACCGCGUGGAAGCGGAGGACGGGACCUACGAUGUCAUCUUCCUGGGAACUGACUCAGGCUCGGUGCUCAAGGUCAUGGCCCUCCAGGCUGGGGACUCAGCUGAGCCUGAGGAGGUGGUUCUGGAGGAGCUCCAGGUGUUUAAGGUGCCGACAGCCAUCACUGAGAUGGAGAUCUCCGUGAAAAGGCAAAUGCUGUACGUGGGCUCGCGGCUGGGCGUGGCCCGGCUGAAGCUGCACCAGUGCGAAACCUACGGCAGUGCCUGCGCAGAGUGCUGCCUGGCCCGGGACCCGUACUGCGCCUGGGACGGUGCUUCCUGCACCCGCUACCGGCCUGGCACCAGCAAGCGCCGGUUCCGCCGGCAGGACAUCCGGCAUGGCAACCCUGCCCUGCAGUGCCUGGGCCAGAGCCAGGGAGAGAAGGCUGCAGGACCGGUGGCCACCACCACGGUCUUCGGCACGGAGCACAACAGCACCUUCCUGGAGUGCCUGCCCAAGUCUCCCCAGGCGGCUGUGCGCUGGUUCCUGCAGAGGCCGGGGGACCAGGGGCCCGACCAGGUGAAGACGGAUGAGCGAGUCGUGCAGACGGAGCAGGGGCUGCUGAUCCGCAGGCUCAGCCGCCUGGAUGAGGGCACCUACAGCUGCACUACCCUGGAGCACGGCUUCUCCCAGACUGUGGCCCGCCUGGCUCUGGAGGUGAUCCCGGCUGCGCAGCUCAACAGCCUGUUCCACAGGGGGCAGAGGCCAGAGGAGCCCCCGGCCCCGGGAGGCCUGGCCUCCACCCCCCGCAAGGCCUGGUACAAGGACAUCCUGCAGCUCAUCGGCUUCGCCAACUUGCCCCGGGUGGAUGAGUACUGUGAGCGCAUGUGGUGCUCCUCGCGGAGCCGGGGCAAGCAGGCCAAGGGCAAGAGCUGGGCAGGGCUGGAGAUGGGCAAGAAGGUGAAGAGCCGGGUGCAGGCCGAGCGGAAUCGGACACCCCGGGAGGUGGAGGCCACAUAG